AGCCGCGGCGCGACGAAAGGGGGCGGCCGUCUGUUCCUUUAAAGCGGCCUGCAACUGUCUCAAGAGCGCAUCUGCUGUCAAAAUCACAAUUGCCACCACCACAACCAACCAUCACCACCUCGCUUUUUAAGAAGCAACGAUGGCGAUGCAACACGGCAUCCUGCCAACGACGCAAGACAAGGACAAUGAGGAGAGGGUCGCCCUACUCGACGAUGUGGACAAUGUCCAGAUCGACCUCGGAGAAAAGGGCUUUGUCUACAGCCCUACGCCACUGUCCGAUAAGGAGGAACAGAGAGCGCGUGCCAAGAAAAGUGGCCUGACUACGAAGCGCUUCCUCGCCCUUCUCGUCGGCGCCGUCGUGGCGGGUGGCACGGUGGCCACCUUUGGCCCUCGACCUCAGUUCCUGUCUCGCUUCGGCUUCCCGGGAGGACAUCCAGGAGGACGUGGACCUCACCACCGACCGCACUUCGAGCCGCUCGAAUGUUUCGCUAUGUCGGAGGACAAGCCCUCGGUCAACUUUACCCUGACCCUUCCCCACCCAGGCCAGCCGAUCUACCUGCACCCCAGCAUGUCCACCGGCCAGAUCAAGGUCACGAAUGAGCCCAAACCCGAGGGCCUGGAGCUUCCGCCUCCUCCUCCUCCUCCUGGCCCCCCUGGCCCCCCUGGCCCCCCUGGGCCUCCAGGAUCUCACGGUCAUCCCGGCCCUCCAGGCCCACCAGGCCCGCCUGGUCCCCCUGGUCCCCACGGCCCUGGUCAUCAUGAUGGACCUGGCCACGAGCACGGUCCUCACCCUCACCACGGCCCUACUUCGACGAUCAUGGUUGGCGUCAAGCUUCCCAAGACGUCCAAGGAGGUCAUCGACAGCAGCAAGAAGGCCGAAGAGUUCUACGUAUGCUCGCUUCAGCUGCCCCACGGUCAGAUUGGCAUGGGUCUUUUCCAUGAGAAGCCUGCUCCUGGAAAGCACCCUCUUCCUCACCAUCCUCGCCCACACGAGCACGAGCACGAGCACGAGCACGAGCGCAAGGGCAAGAAGGAGCACAAGCACAAGGCCAAGAAGGAAGACAAUGCUCACGAAGCCAAGGAUGGAGAAGAGGAUGGCAAGAAGCCCGAGCCCAAGCCCGAGCCUCUGCCUCUGCCCGCCGUUGACGUGCACAUUUCGGUGCCCUUUGGCCAGCCUUUCACCCUGACGACUGACCGCCCGGGCCCGCCUCAUCGCGGUCCCUUUGACCGUCGCCCUCCGCCUCCUCCUCAUGGAGGACGCCUGGGCAUGCCUCCGCCACCCCCUCAUCGCGGUCCUCACGGUGGCCCUCUCCAACGUGGACCCAAGCCGACGAUCCACGUCGACCUUGAGAAGCCCUCCACCGAAACGACUGUGACGCAGCACCAAAAGAACGGCGCGAACCUUCGCAUCACGGCCAACCAGCGUCCUUCGACCCUUUCGUCGCUCUUGCACCAGAUGCAGUGCACUUGCGGCACCGUCGUUCGUUUCAUCCACAUCUACAUCUUCAGGAGGCCCGUGUCCGACAAGGUGCCUCAAGCGAUCAAGCCUUGAUGGGCGUCAUCGCCUCUCACACUCACUGAUUGUCCGUAUCUACCCCCUUCCCCACUUAGUAGUAGCCUCCUGCCCACACCUCCCCCUUCUCGAUGUAGAUUUAAUCUUUUUUGGUCCCACACCCCAUUUGCCCCGAUCUUUAACAAUCGACCGUUUCCCCUUCACUGCGAGACAAAUGGCGGAAGAAGAUUGAAAUGUCCAUGUUGAUUGUAAUAAGAGAGGAGAGAGAUAGCAGAGAGACAGGUCGGCGAGAAUUAGAGAGCACU